AUGUCCAAACGAUCCAAUACCAGUGAACACAAACAGGCAAGAAAACGAGCAAAAAGAGACGAGAACUCUGCCAAAUAUUCGGACGACUCCGAUGGCCAAAAGAAUGAAAAAAAGAAAUCCAAAAAGGCGUACCGCCAGUCAGAAUCGCUAAAGGCCGUUUCCCAAGCAGACAUAGACUCUUUUCUAGAGUCCAAUAAAAUAGAAGUGUCAGACCCUAUAGAAGGAGAGCAAAUCUUACGACCUAUCAUAUCGUUCGAACAUUUACCCGACGAAGGCGAUGCUAUAUACAAACCCCUCCGGAAUUUCCGUGCACCAACAUCAGUACAAGCCGCAACAUGGCCAUUUUUGUUUUCCGGACGCGAUGUAAUUGGCAUCGCAGAAACAGGAAGUGGAAAGACUUUGGGGUUCGGGCUGCCCUGCCUUAGGAAAAUGGUUUCCUUGAAGAACAAAAAAACGAAGCCCUCGUGUCCAAAGGCUGUGAUUAUAACGCCUACUAGGGAGCUUGCCAUGCAAAUCCACGAGCAUUUAGAGAAGUACGCCUCACCUCUGGGCAUCAAGACAACAUGCAUUUUUGGUGGAGUCAAGAAGGACGAUCAAUGGGAGGCAUUAAAAUCCGCUACUGUUGUUGUCGCCACUCCUGGUCGUUUGAAAGAUCUCCAAGGAGAAGGGUCGGUGAAUCUGGGGAAAGUGAAAUACUUGGUACUUGAUGAAGCGGAUCGAAUGUUGGAUAAAGGGUUUGAACAAGAUAUAAAAGAAAUCGUUGGCACUAUGCCCGUCUCAAAAAGGCAAACUGCGAUGUUCACAGCCACAUGGCCAGUCGCUGUUCAAAAUUUAGCAAAAAAUUUUACCCAGAAUCCGAUAACGAUCACUGUUGGCGGCAAACCAUCUGCAGAUCCUCGUGCAAACACUCGCAUAAAGCAGGUUGUCGAAGUACUAUCUCCUCGAGACAAAGAAACUAGGCUCCUACAGAUUUUAGGGCAACUGCAAAGGAAAUCAUCUGAGGACAGAGUCUUGGUGUUCUGUCUUUACAAAAAGGAAGCCACACGGAUUGAACGGUUUAUCCAAUCCAAGGGUUACCAGGUUGCUGGCAUUCAUGGGGAUUUGAGCCAAAGUGAUAGAUUUAAAAGCCUGGCCGCCUUCAAAUCCGGCGCUGUUACAGUUCUCGUGGCUACAGAUGUCGCAGCACGAGGUCUUGACAUACCCGAGGUGAAGACGGUGGUUAAUGUCACCUUUCCUUUAACUAUUGAAGACUAUGUACAUCGGAUUGGACGGACUGGACGGGCUGGUGCUGAUGGCCAUGCUAUCACACUCUUCACGGAAAAUGACAAAACACAUUCGGGGGCGUUAAUAAACGUUUUGAAGGCAGCGGGGCAGGAUGUUCCUGAGUCGCUUCUCAAAUUUGGUACUACUGUCAAGAAGAAGCAGCACGGUGCAUAUGGGGCGUUUUUCAAAGAUGUGGAUACAGCUAAAUCCGCAACUAAGAUCACUUUCGAUGACUAG